UAGAGCGAAUAGCGAUGCUUUGAAAGCGUCAAGACGAACGCAGCCUCAAUAGGGCGCGUUCAGCAGACACAACUGUUGAGUUCGUCUUAUCAACACUCUGCGUCGAUUGGUUGGUUCUAAAAGUAAUGAGAAAUGACGAACAACUGCGAUUUGAUAAAGACAAUCGAGGAUGAUCAGGAGGUGCCGGAUUAUUCGGAGAAUUCGGACGAGGAGGACGACUAUCAACCACGGAAGCAGAAGAAAAAAGAGAGCAAAGACUUCGACAGUGGCUUCCAAUUCACUGCUGCUGAACACAAUCAGGAUCCCUGGAAUGACUUGAGCAAGUAUAUUAAACGCAAACCGAACACAAAAUUAGAUGACAAGAUAAAGAAAGUCAGGAAAGAAUAUAAGCAGGCUGGAACAGAGGAUGAUCCUGUUAAAAUUGAACCAGAAAUAGACCAGGAUGACGAUACAAUUUCUCUAUCUGAGGAUGAACUUAAAAAAGAUACCUUUAAGACCAAGGAGAAGAAAGGCAAAGUGAAAAAGUCUGUGAAAGAAGAGGACGAGGAAGCUGUCGAUUUCGAGGAAUAUACAGAUUCUCAAACGCAUGCUACGUUUUAUCAAAUGAACUUAUCUAGGCCUUUGCUGAAGGCCAUAACAACAAUGAAUUUUGUACAACCAACUCCCAUACAAUCUGCUACCAUUCCGGUAGCUUUAAUGGGUCGUGACAUCUGUGGUUGUGCGGCAACGGGCACAGGGAAGACUGCGGCUUACAUGCUUCCCACUUUGGAAAGAUUAUUAUACAGGCCGUUGGACGGUCCCGCUAUUUCGCGUGUUCUCGUGCUUGUGCCUACCAGAGAGCUGGGAGUGCAAGUUUAUCAAGUGACAAAACAAUUAGCUCAAUUUACAACAGUAGAAGUUGGUUUGUCUGUCGGUGGAUUGGAUGUGAAAGUACAGGAAGGUGUACUGAGAAAAAAUCCAGAUAUUGUAAUAGCAACGCCUGGGAGAUUAAUCGAUCAUUUAAGAAAUGCGCCUACUUUUUCCUUGGACAGUAUUGAAGUAUUAAUUCUGGAUGAAGCCGAUAGAAUGUUAGAUGAAUACUUUGCUGAACAAAUGAAAUACAUUGUGAAGCAAUGCUCAAGAAGCAGACAAACUAUCCUGUUUUCUGCUACCAUGACUGAAGAAGUCAAAGAUUUAGCUGCAGUGUCUCUUGACAAACCUAUUAAAAUAUUCGUGGAUAGCAAUCAAGAUGUAGCCUUUAAUCUGCGUCAAGAAUUUAUUCGCAUACGUAAGGAAAGAGAAGGUGACCGUGAAGCAAUCUUAGCAGCGUUAGUUUGCCGAACUUUCCACGAUCACGCCAUGGUUUUUGUACAAACGAAAAAACAAGCUCACAGAUUGCAUAUUUUAUUGGGAUUAUUAGGUGUGAAAGUUGGGGAACUUCAUGGUAAUCUCACACAACCACAACGAUUGGAGAAUCUUCGGAAAUUUAAAGACGAGGAAAUUGACAUUUUAUUAGCGACUGAUGUUGCUGCAAGAGGUUUAGAUAUAAGCGGUGUAAAGACUGUGAUUAAUUUCGUGAUGCCUGCUACUCUUCAACAUUAUAUACACAGAGUAGGGAGAACUGCAAGAGCAGGACGUGGAGGUGUUUCUGUAUCGUUAGCUGGAGAACAGGAACGUUCUUUGGUAAAAGAAGUUAUCAAGCAAGCGAAAAAUCCGGUCAAGAAUAGGAUAAUACCGCCUGACAUAAUAGAGAAAUAUAAUAAGAAAUUACAAUCCUUGGAACCAGACGUAGAAAGGAUUUUGCAAGAGGAAAAGAGUGAAAGAGAAUUGGCUAAAGUAGAGAAUGAAGCUAACCGUGUUGAGAAGUUACUUAAAGUUGAAGAUGGCAAGGAUAAGAGAAGUUGGUUCCAAUCCAAUAAGGAAAGAAAGAGAGAGAAAGAUAAUUUUCGAUUAACUAAGAAACAAAUUGGCAAAAAUAAAAAGCAUGAGAAAGAACCUCCCAAUAUAGUGCAAGAAAAAAAGAAAAAAGCACAAAAUGACCCUAAAAAGGAUACAGCUGAGGAUAGAGCUAAGAAAGAACUAGAAAAAAUAGCCGCCUAUCAAGCGCGAUUAGCCAAAAAAAGUAACAGGCAGAAGAAAAUUAGAACAGUUAUGGAUGAAAAUAAUCGUGAUUCUGCUAAAAAAGGAUCAUUGAAACGACCAAGAUCAUCGUUCGCCGCUGAUUUAACGGAUACGAGCAAAAAGGGUGUUAAAAAAAUGCGAUACGAAGCAAACGUCAAGAAAAAACAGAACACAUUUAAAACGCAACAAAAAAGUAAAUUUGCAACGAAAGGAAAGGGCCAAAAAAAAUCUUUUAAAAAGCGCUAAUUUUGUAACAUAUACGCGGCACGCAUAAUUCUAUGAUUAAACACAUACAUACAGCGUGUUACUUAAUUUGUUUUAUUAUAGAACCAUUACAAUACGCCAUAUGUCUCACAGAUCGACAGAUGAAUAGCACUGAUUAAUUGGUUGUUUAAUCAGAUUAUGUAUAUUUUUCGUAAUCUAUGACCUAUUUGAAAAAAAUUGCAGUACUAUGCAGAAAAGGAUCGUACAUUUCAAAAAUGUUUUUAUCGUAUUCCAAUUUCAAUCAGCAUAAUAUAUAUAUAUAUAUAUAUAUAUAAAGAUAUUUGCUAAUUGAUAACAUAUAGCAUGAAUCUAAUGAGAAAACUGAAUUUAAUGAGAAAACUACACGAAAAAAAGAGAAAUAUCAAUGAUAAUAAGAGAAAGAAUGACAUAUUUUCAGAUUUGGAAAAUUAUAUAAUUGUUGGAAAGUGCAUUGUACUGUAAUUUCUAUGAAAAAGUAAUAGGUAUAUGUUAAUUCUAUAAUAUUUAUGCGAUUUCAAUCAUCCAUCACCAUUCACGAAUUCAUGCGCCAUUUUCAUUCAUGUUUAAAUUUAAGACAGUUGAAUGUUUAAGUUUAAUAAUUAUAAUGCUGAGAACUUAAAUCUUUAAAAUCUAGGCCCACUUUACUCAAAACUCCAUUCAAAAAUUCAUACUCAAAAAUCUUCUAUCCUUCGAACAUUAUAUUUAAUAAAUAAAAUUGAAACGCGUUUAUCUCUUCACACUUGUAAAUUGCAAGAAUUGCAUAUACAUUGACAUAAAUUAAGGUAUUACGCAAUAAUCUUUCGCAAUCGGUAUAAUUUUAAUUUUAUGUUUAUUUAUAAAUACAAAAGUUGAAGGUUUUCGCAAGUUCUCGCAAUAUUUUUUUUUUUUUCCAUUGUUACACAUGAUCAUACUUAAUGUGUAUCAAUCAUAAUAAUCGCGACGAAAGUGUGGCGAUAAUUAUAUUAUUAAAAACCAACAACUUUGGAUCGCAAAGCCAAUAGACACACAACUUCUUAUCUAAUAUGUAUCGUUUAUGCAACAAAACUGUAGUAUUCUCCUUGACUGUUUAUAAAGUGACGAUUUAAUUGAUA